AUGACGCCGCCCGGCACGGCCGGUCGCGGCAAGGCCGGCCGCGACUGGGGCUGUGGCCUGGCCGUGCUGCACGCGCCGAGGGGCGGCGGCGGCGGUGCGGGAAGCGGCGGGGGGAGCGGCGGCGGGCGGGUGUGGCGGGUGGAGGAGGGUAUGGUGGUGCUGGACACUGGGGCGUCGGCCGGGCGCGAGGUGGUGGUGUCGUGGGUGGCCAGCAGGGGGGCGGCGUACGUGGUGGUGCCAUACGCCAGGCGGCCCGGGUUGCAAGCACCCUUCGUCCUGCGCGCCUACGCGGCCUCAGAAAUUGAGGUGGAGCAGCUGCCCGCCAGCUACGCACUGGGCCUGGCGGGCGCAUGGCGGGGCGGCGAAGCCGGGGGGCCGCGCGACGGGCCGGCGGCGGCGGGCGGCGCGUGGCUUAGCAACCCUCAAUAUGCACUGAGCUGCCCUCGCUUGGCCACAGUUGUCGCCUCCCUCGUGCGCCCCGACGUCCGCGGCAGCCUGCUGCCGCCGCCCCCCGGCUCCGCCGGCGCGCCGGGCCUGUCGCUGGUGCUCCCGGGCGGCGGCACCGGCGGCGGCGGCUGCGGCGGCACCGGCGGCGGCGGCACCGGCGGCGGCGGUGGCGCCGGUGGGGGUGGCGCCGGCGGCGCGGUGCGACGCGCGCUGCAGCCCAAGCGAGAGGAGGUCGUGGCGGAGGCUGGGGGAUGUCAUGGUGACGUCACCGGCGACGAGGCCGUGCUGUUUGCUGAGCUGCAGCCGGGGGCGCCCUACCUGUUGGUCCCGUCACUGCCCAUGCCAGGAAUUGUGGGGCCCUACGAGCUGCGACUCUUCAGCUCCCAACCGCUGGAGCUGCGCCCGCUGCCGGCCGCCCGCUGCGCCUCGCUCGCGGGCGCCUGGGCCGGCGAGAGCGCGGGCGGGUGCGACCUGCACGCGACGUGGCCCUGCAACCCGGCGUACCGCCUGCAGUUUGACGCCGGCUGCGAGUGCAGGAUCGUGCUCAGGCGCGACGCGCCUUGGGCGCGGGGCGCGCCCCUAGCGGGCAUGCCUGGGCUGUACGUGCUGAGGGGCCCCGCCGGCGGCGGCCGCCCUUCGCCGGAAGAGUGGGCGAGGUGCAAGCUGGCCGAGUCGGCUUUUGUGCCGGCCCAGGAGGCGGCGCUUUCACUGCAGCUGCCGGGCGGCGAGCCGCUGCUGGUGGUGCCGUGCACGUUCGGCCCCGGGGUUGCGGGCGGCUACACGCUCUCCGUCGAGGCGCCCGCGGGCGCGUCGUUCAGCUUUGCAGAGGCCGCUGCAUGA